AAUCAAAGAACGAAAGCGGAAAAUAUCGUAUAAUUGGUUUCAAUCAAGUCUGGUUGGGAUGCCCUCAACCGCUGUGCAUAUCGCCGGGCUUUGACGGUGUGUUAUCAUCAGGUUCACUUACAUACGGUUCACCAGGGUCAUAUCACGUGUCACACAGCCGAUCAAAUAUGCUGAUUGUAUUUCGAGGCAAUUACUUUUGGCACUACGACUUCUCGGUUAACAGAACCACAAAACAUCCGCCGCUCACCGAUUGGGCGAUUAAAGUGGAGGACAGGUUUGCCGACAGAAGAGGCGUUCGUUAUUACUAUCCGACGACUAAAAGGAGUAAAUUAUAUCCAAACACUAAAAAGAGUACAUUAAACGACUCUAUGGUUGUCCCCACUUAUAUCGAUGCUAUCGUUCCCGGAAUUAACAAAUAUAACAAUUGUUUAUAUUUCUUUAAAGACGACAAGUUUGUGUGCUAUGAAUGGUAUUCAAAGAUCUCGACUCCAAUGAAUAUUUCCGAUGAAUGGAAGUCAGACGACGAGACCUGGAAGAAGGCGAAGAUUGACGCAGCCUUUCAUAUCAAAGGCUUCAUCUAUUUUAUCACAAGU